UCCGUGUAAAAUCCGCGAUAAAACUCCCAUUUAUCAGUGAAAUUUGUCCGCAAUAAACCUGGGCAAGAUGACGACAAAGGCAGCGAAGCGUAAGCAGAGCACCAUCCAGAACGGAAGUGCGGAUGGGGAGAAAAAGCAGAGGCAAACCAACACCAGCGAUCCCGCGAGCAACGAGGAAAACCCGGAUAAUCCGGCACCGGUGGCGGUGAAACGGAAAAAGGCGUCAGAAUCAGAGACCCAAGAAGAUGUACAGGAUCCAUCGCAGGACAUUGAAUACGUGAAAAACUUCCGACAAAAGCUGAAGUCCGGAGUUGUAGCCAUGGAUGCGAUCCGGCACUUUAUCCAGCAAUCGCACGCAAAUCCGGGCUACAUCACGGAGUACAUUCGCACGGGUGGUACGUUGAAGAAUCUGAUGGAAGUCCUGGCUGUUUGCGAUCCGGAAAAGCUGAACGAUAUUGCGGAUCUGUUUCAUCUGCUGCACUUGUUACUGAUCGAAGCGGCCAACUACGAUGGCACACAGGCGACACUGGCAGCAAAAUGUGCCAAGAGUAUCAUGAGCGACUACAAACCGGUCAUAGUGAAGGUACUGCGCGAUCGCGGCGAACACUCGCUCACCUGCAAAGCGGCCGGCUUUCGAAUACUGAAGGCGGUGCUGCUGGUAGAUGCGGCCACUUACGGAAAGGAGAUCUUGCGCCAGAUGGAUGUAGUGAUGCCCGAACUGGAAAUGCAUAAAUGUCGUGAAACGGCAUCAUCAGCCACAUCCGGCGGUAGUGCGGAAUCACUGCGCACCGUGUUUAUCGAUUUCAACCUGGCCUUCCUCAUCGACACACCGACCGAGAUCGUGCGGUUGUGGCUCUCCCGUGUCCACCUGGUCCAUUCGCUUACCACCAAUCUGGUGUUCGAUCAGGGAGAGAACGUUGCAUUGGUGAUGAAAAGCUUGCGCCAGUACGUGCUCGAGUGUCCGGCCGUCGAUAAGUAUCUCUACAGAACCGUGUUCACAACCGACGUGCUGAAGGCGCUCGUCAACGUCUACGAAUGGGUCGGCCCCGACAAGGAGGUCCCAAAGGAACAGCUAAAGCAAGCGAUCUUUGAUGCGACGGAAGAGGUCGUACUACCGCUGCUGACUUCGAGGCGCUACUUCUUAGUACCACACUCGAUCGAUGUCAACCGUGCCAGCCACCGACACAAGCAUAUACUACUCGCCCUGAAAAACUCACAGCUACAUGAUCACCAGCGGCGUCUGGUGAUGCGAUUGUUCGAAUCGUGUCCCGAGGUACUACCGGCGGUGCUGGAAAAUUUUGGUUCGCUGCUGAAAACGAAGAAGGAAGGAAACCGUGGGCUCGUGUUAGACAUUUUGUGUCUACACAAACCGGAAGAAAUUGUGGCCGGAUUUGAAGCCGGCAUCACGGCCAAACUGGUGUCGCACUUUAUCGUCAAGAGUACGCUGCCGCGCACGGUACUGGAGUACGUUGGAGUGGCCAUGGGUAGCCAUAAGCACAAUAUCCCGUUCUGCUUGCAGUUCCUGUGCACCAUGAUCACACGUUGCGAGCAGUAUCUACAGGCCAUCCAGAACCGCCGAAUACUGGAUCAGUUCGACAUGAAGAAGAUCAAGUUUGAUGUGAUCAAUCAGAUACUGGCGCUCUUCCCCAGCAUCGAUCGCAUUAUGACAGCGAUGGCAACGCAUCGAGAUGAUCGCUCGGUACAGCGCACAAACGUUGCUCUCGAGCACGCCAUGGACAUACUGCUCGUCUGCAUUCGAUCGUUCCCGGCGUACAUUGAAAGCUCUUCAUUCAUUACAACGUACCGUGACAUCCUGAAGCCGGCCUAUCGUACACCGUCGAUGGAACACUUUUACCUGAACUACGAAUUCAAAGCCAUCAAGGUGGUGAUCGCACUGGAACCGCAGAGUGUCUCGUUCGGAUCGAAGCUGUUCCCCUCGGUGCUGAAGCUCGUCGCUAAAGUGUAUCUAAACGGUAGCAAGGAGAUGCAGCGUGAAGCAACGGAACUGCUGCUCGCAUUGUUCCGCAAUACAACACUCUUCGGCCAUCGGGGUACUGAGGUGGAGUUUUGGUUUCAGGCUCUGUACGACACGGACGCCACGUUGGUACCGGAGCUGGUGAACUAUCUGGCACAAGCCACACGGCAGGCAAGUGCCCAGCUCAGCCAACAGUCUGCAUCAGCCUCUCAGGCCGACCAUUCGCUGAUCGAUGAAGCUUUCAUCGAAUCGGAAGGCAUCCGGAAAGCCGAUCUUGACAUGUUGUUCGCCCGUGUCGAACAAGAGGACGAACAGCAGCAGGACCCAGGCCAGGAAACGACGAUGGUGACCAUCCCAAAUGAAAUGACCACCGAAAACACCCAACUAGAGCUACCGGUGGCCGACAAUUUCUUCAUGUACAUGUUCCACAAGGAUCGCAAACACCCGGCACAGUUCCAGCGAUAUCUGGACGCAGUACUGCUGCGUUACUUCCACUAUCUUCCCCAUCCAGAAAUCGUGCAAAGAGCAUUGCGCACGGUAGCGGAAGAUAAGCAAACAACAACGUCGUCUUCAUUAGUAAAGUACAUCCACAAGUGGAUGACAGGAAAGGAACGCGCGCUCGAUGAGGAUUGGGGUGUUCUUAGCAAACUCAGCGCCGCCCUCCUUGGAAAGGAUAAAACGUUGAAGCUCGAUCCACAAGAUGCCAACCAGUGGCGCAACAUACGAGGUGAACUAAUACAUCUUCUUCAUGAAACGAUCUUUUGUCUCUCCCGUUGGAUCUCGGCCGGUAACCUCACGCAACAGCACCUCGAUGUGGCCUCCCACUACACGAACCGUCUGCUCGAUGCACUGCUGACCGAAGGAACACUCUCCGAGAGUGACACUAACGAGCUGAUGAGUUCACUGUUUCUUCAGCGUCCGGUUUUGUUCCAACAGUUCACCAUCAUCGUACAGGAUGCGAAUCAACGGGCGAGCAAAGUGGAAACCACUCACCGUUUAGUGACGAGCUUCGUGUACGAGUUGAUGCAACGGCUUCAGCAUUUGCCUAGCUUCGAUCGUGGUACAACACUCUAUUCGAACAAGAUCGUCACCGAGCUGAUCCGGACCUCUACGAAACAAGUCUCGCAAGAGGAUGAUGCGGCCAGCACAACCCUGGACGGGGCACUUGUCGAGAAAUUACUCGGUAUUUUCGAACUCAACGAACGACACUGUGUAACACUGCUCAAGCACUACGCUCUGCUGCCCGUUCGAGCGUUCCUGCAACCCAAAACGAACGAGCGUACAUACCACUACCAGCAGCUGUGUCUUGCACUGGAAAAGCUAGCCAACGUCGGUGGUACGCGAGGAGGAUAUCAUCUUACGGAACAAACGGUUCGUGGCCUAGUGCGUCUGUACAUGGAAUGUGUCCGAUCAUCCGACAGUGAAGCGAAAGGACUGGAAGAGCUCGAGACAGCGCUCCAUGCUUAUCUGUCCACCUUUACCCACAGCAUCGCGCAAGUGGAUGUGCAACUGUUUGAGGUAGUUUUCGAAAAUCGUCAACGAGUUACAAAGUCUCUAGUGAAACUGGCCACCUUUCUACUAUCACGGGAUUCUCGCUUCGAUGCACCACUGCUCGAGCUGAUAGGCAAGCACACGAGCAAAAAGGAACUCGUCUACCCACUGCUCAACGUAGCCUUCCGUCGAUCGGUGCUCUCAGCGGCCAGCUUGGAGCAAGACAACAAGCUUCGUCCGCUCGUAUCGAAGCUGUAUGCUGAAUUCAAGGGUGGUAUCCAGAAGAUGCUCGAAAAACCGCACAAAGCGGCCGUCAUCUAUCGUGAGAACACGAUCGCCAACGAAACGCUGGUCCGCCUGUGUAUGCCCCGGAACGAGUGUGUGGAUUUUGCCCGCAAAAAGCUACGCAUCGAAGCUGUUGAACCGUUCCAGCUGAAGGUACUGAUGGAGAUUUAUGGCAGUGCACUGAUCGCACUGAAGGAUGAUGCCAACUCACAGACGAUGGUCUAUGGGAACGUGUUCGGCGUGCUGCUGCAAUGCUUCGAAGUGCUCUUCCGUUCGGUGUCCUCGGCCGAGUACUUUCUCCGGCAGGAAGCAUCGAUCGAGAAGCUGAACGAACUCGUGCUGGCCCUCUACGAAUGGAGCAAGCAAUCCAAACGCCACAAAGCGCUCCAGGAGAUGAGCUUCGGGAGCGUCACGACUAGUGCCAACUGGAAUACGUUCUGUAAAACGUGCCUCAAGCUGGGCAUCGAUAUGCCCCGUAGUCCACUGAACUCACGGCGCUACGACGAUCGUCUGCACGUGCUGCCGAAGCUGAUGGGUGUGCUGGUUGAUCUGUUCUACGCGAAUGAUGCAACGGAGCAGCUGGAGGAUAUUGAGCGGUACUACGAUUGGGCGCUCUCUCACACAAAUUUCCUCCGUGUGUUACUCACACAGUACGAAUACAGCCCAAAGACGUACCUAGUGUAUCUGCUUCUUAUACUGGCACGUAAAAACCCGAACGUUGUGAACCGAAAACAUGUUCCGUUGCUACUAGGAGCAUACGGUGCCACUCUGACCGACACGAAUCGUUACAUCCUCGCACUGAUCCAACACUACGAACAGUCCGGUGUGGAGAUGCACGAAUUUCGACCGUUCCUGUGGGGCGAAACGGCCAUUAAGCACUUUUCACUUGAAUCGAACACUGGUACUGCGAACGAGGAUCAGCAACAACAGCAGCAGCAGCAACAGCAACGGUCGGCUAAUGGACGAAAACCGGCGCCACAAAGAGGUACUUUCCGCAUUAACAAUAUGGAAGUGUUUUCGUUACUGUCGAAGGACAAGAUAGCGGCCACGAUUCAAAAUUUCCCCGUUUGGCGGCGGCUCGAUGCCAGUGCUCAACUGCCGGAGCUCAACUUUGAUAACAUCCUAUCAUCGAUCAUCGAAUCUGCGGCACUUCCCGUUGGCCACCAGCCCGUGAAUGCAGUGGAACGCUACGUAGAGCUAGGGCAGCGUAAGCAGCGACGGGAACUACUGGAAACGUUGACCCUUAAAUCGGAACUACGAUCGACGAUCUACGAUCCCGCUUUCCUCAUCCCAAUGCUGGGCUAUCUGUUUUCACCGGAGAAUCCCGAUAUGCUCAAUCUGGCCGGUCGAAUCGGUGCCCUAUCGCUGCCCUUCCUCUGUCUAGCGAACAGUGACGAGCGGAUGAGGCUCGCUGCCGGCAGCGUGAUCUUACGCAUUCGAGCACACCUGGAGCAGACGCGCCGCUUCAUCGAUUCCAAGUUUUGGCUUCAUCUCUUCGGUGCCGUCCAGCGUGGGCUGGCGGGGGUGAAGGUGCAUAAGCCGAAGGAGAAGAAAAAGGACACGGCCAAAGCUGAACCACUCCCGAAAACACCCUUCCUUUCGACGAUCUUCAUCGCCGAAACGAUCAACCUGCUGCCGGAUGUGCUAAGCCCACUCCACGGUCCAAUGACCCGCUACAUCAUCCACCGGGAGGCGUUCGAUUUCCGUGCCAUUCCAAACUUUAUGGCGCUGUUCCACAGUGCGGACGUGAAACACAAUGUGCAGCGCUCGUUCAUACUGGAGACGAUCUUUCACGGUAUCAAAACGCACGAGGACUUUGGUGUACUGCGUGCCUCACCGAUCAUACGGGUGAUGUUGAACUUCUACGCCUCAUCGCUGUCGAACCGGGAGCUUAACAUUCUCAUCCUCAACUCACUGAACGCGCUGACCAAGAUACCGAAAUCGUGCGAGGUGCUCGUCAAUGCGUUCGGUUUUCUGUCGUGGCUUCACGAAAAGAUCGAUACACUCGAAAGCUUCGAGUUCGAUACGAUCGAAGCGUUUCUGGGGAUGCUCAACAACUGCUGGUACUCGAUACAGAUCAUCGCCGAGCUCGCCGGCAAGAGGGAUCCUUCCACGCGUGGAAAGAACCCGAAGAAGCACAGCGCAACGAGCGCCAGUGAACAGCGACGUGCGGCCAUAUCCUUCCAUCGGAGUGUGCUAGUGGCAACACUCAAGUUCCUGCCGCUACUCUCGACGCGCAGUUCCAGUAAGACGUUACUACGGUUCCUGCAUCUACUCGAUCGCACGACUAGUACGCGCUUUGCCUUCCCACGAUUGCUGGCACUCGUCGGUGAGCCAGUGCUGCGACAGAUGAUGGAAUAUUUUGAGAAAAUGUUCGCCGAUCAUCUUUGGUGUGUUCGCUACGUGAGACAGUGUGGUACGACGGGCUGUGACGAUGAUGCGACGAUCGCACGGAAGCUUGUGGACGCUGGUACCGAUCGAACGACGGUCGCGAUAGUGGUUAGCCUCAGAAGGUUCGUUAUCCGUUGGCAGCACUAUCAGAAGACGGAAUCGACGCAGCAAGCGAUGGAAGUAGACGAAGAGAUGGAGGAUCAGGGAGAGGUUAAAGCAGGACAAGGCGACGAUCGCGAAGCGCAGAACGCUGGUGUUCAAUCAGGGUCAUCUGACUCGGAGUCAGACGAUGACGAGGAUGAGGAAUGAAGGAAGAAUAGAAGCAGGAGCUUAUGAUUUACUAUUUUGUUAAGAAUAAACAAAAAUGUAUAGGCCUUAAUCAAACAAAUAAACCUUUU